CAGAGGCUGCGCUCCGUAAUGGUGGAGUCCUGUGCGGGGGGACCGGCCCUGGCAGAGAGCAGCCUCUCACAAACCACUCUGUGCGCUUCCAGGGACGUGCCCUGAGUGGACAAAUCAUGCUAAUUGUCUGGGAGAGAAACCCAGUGUUAGACCCAAGAUGAAGACAGGGAGGGAGGCUCUCUCCACGGCGUUGGCUGCCCCUGCGUUUUUACCAGUUCUCUGUCUGCUCCUUUCUACCCUCUCAGGCAGGGUGCUUGGGGUGAACAUCACCAGCCCUGGCUCAUUGAUCCGGGGCACGCUGGGCGGGGAUGCCCUGCUGUCGGUCCGCUACAGCAGCACCAGCACCGAACCUCCCGUCAUCAAGUGGCAGCUGAAGAGGGAAAGGCCAGUGACCGUGGUGCAGUCCGUUGGCACUCACAUCGUGGGCACGCUGCGCUCUGAGUACAAGGACCGCGUGCUGAUCUUCGAGAACGGCACACUGCUGUUGCACAACCUGAAGCUGUCAGAUGAGGGCACUUACGAGGUGGAGAUCUCCAUCACAGAUGACACCUUUACUGGGGAAGGCAGUAUCAACCUCACGGUGGAUGAGCCUGUGUCCAGACCCUAUGUCCACAUGGUGGCUUCAACGGUGCUGGAGCUCAGCGAGUACUUCGCCCUGAACUGUUCCCAUGACAAUGGGACCAAGGCUGUCUAUAGCUGGCUGAAGGGUGGCAAGCCCCUGACCAAUGAUUCCCGGCUGCUGCUGUCACCUGACCAUAAGAUCCUGACCAUCACGCGCGUGCUGAUGGCCGACGACGAUGUCUACAGUUGCACGGUGGAGAACCCCAUCAGCAGUAUGAGGAGCAUGCCCGUGAAGCUCACCAUCUACCGACGGAGCUCGCUGUACAUCAUUCUGUCCACCGGGGGCAUUUUCCUCCUGAUCACCCUGGUGACGGUAUGUGCUUGCUGGAAGCCCUCCAAAAAACAAAAGCGACAGCGGGCGAAGCAGAACUCCCCAGAGACGCCGGAGCAGAAUGAAGUGGCGCAUGAGGUUGCUGUUGACACUGUGCCAAACUUGACAGAGCACAGAUGCAAGAACCCUGUGUCUCUGUACAUCCUAAAAGAAAAGAAUUCCACCAAUGGAGAGGACAAGUCUCUUGGCAACUCGCACGUCCACUCGGAGCCCAGCAGUCCGCCCAGCUACAGCAGCACCCCGCCCCCUUUCUCACGCUCCCCUGAGUCCCCUGCCCGCUCCUCCCGUAGGUACCCCCGCACCCCAGCCAGCUCCCCACCUUCUCGCCACGCCUCUCCACUGCGCAGCUCUGCCCGUGGACUCCGCCCCUCCGGCAGCAUACUGGCCGCCCGUCAGCGGGAUGACCACGCUCCUUCCAUAGAGAACAACGCAGAGACUCCGCCCUAAUACCCCAAUCUGCAUCUGCACCCUCCCUCUGCUAAAGAACACAAUAGUGAGAAGAUCCUGCUUGUGUGACACACAUGCGGGAGUGUUUAUUUGUAUAUAUGUCCUCAAUAGUUUGAGCAGAUUUCUUAUUUUGGUACAGUGACCUUACAGUGCCUUGGACUCCAGCUCUGGGCCAGAUAUCUUCUCAGAAGAAUUAAAAAUAUCUAUCACCCUGGUCUUUUUUAAGUGCUGUCAGUUUUGUUGACAAAAAAUAUGCCAAGCACGGCGCUGUCUGAAACACAAGCCGGACACAGAAUGGCUUCAUGCACUCAGUGAAACAUGAGGAAUUAACAAUAUUUUCCAUUGCUGCAUACUUCUCUAUUGAUUAUUCAUCUGCAAAAGGGUUCUGUAGAGCAGAGUCUUCUCCCAGCCAAUAAGCAAGCAACACUAUUCACACCACUAUAGUUUUAUAUUACUGACCUGAUAAGUAUCGUUACCACCUUCUAUGGUUUAGUUCUGGGUAAACACUCAACAACCGUUGUGGCUUUUUUAGGACAUCCAAAAACACAAUUCCACAUAUCAUAAAAAUGAUUGGAAAAUUUACAUUGGGAAGCACUGCAACAGUAAAAGAAGAUGAGCCUUUAUUUUUUCAAUAAUAUGUAUAUAAAUUCCAUGUAUAUAAAUAAACUAUGACAUUUUGUAGCCUUGUUUUGUGUUUUUUUUUUAAUAUCACUAAUCUUCUCUUCGAUAGGUUUGCUGUAUUAGUUCAGAGAUUGUACAAGGAUCUCGCUUCAAUCAUUUUGAUGUUCAAAGUUGUUUAGAAGACGAAAAAAGCAUGUAAAUGUUGAAGGCUGGAAAUAAAACAAAAAUAAAACAAAAUGCUAUUCUUUUGA